AUGUUGACUCUUGCGAUCAAUUGGCUGCUGACGCCGAGAGACCUGGCGGGCUCAUCAAUUCAACCCCGAUGGGACAAACAAUCGGAUGUGGCAGCCAACUCGCCCAACUCAGCAGCCGGCUCAUGGAUCAUUGAUCCGCUACCUUCCUUACAAAGAGCGGGCCUGAUUGCGGUAUCGACCCUGGCUAUGAUCUCCUUACUCUCCACAUUCGUUCUAUUAUGUUUUUUUACCUACCGAUUCAUCUUCUGGAAGAGAUUCUAUAAGCGCUACAUCGGUUACAAUCAAUAUGUCGUGCUCAUGUACAACCUGGCGCUGGCCGAUUUCAUCCAGGGCUUGGGGUUCAUCGUCAGUCUAAGAUGGAUCGCGAAAGACUCGUUGCAUGCGACGGAUCCCGCGUGCUUUCUGCAGGGGAUUUGGUUGCAGAUUGGGGAUCCCAUGAGUGGACUUUUUGUCCUGGCGAUUGCCCUCCAUACCUUCCUGCAGGUCACCUAUGGACGCCAACUCAGUCAUCGAACCUUUGUGGCCAUCAUCGUCAGUCUUUGGGUGUUUGGGGUUAUCCUGGUCAUCAUUCCUAUUGCGAUCGUUGGACCGCACGUGUGGAUGCCUUCUGUGGCUUGGUGCUGGAUGACCACCGCACAUCCCACUCUUCGUCUAUGGACUCAUUACUUCUGGAUCUUUGCCGCUCAGUUCUUCAAUCUCGUGUUAUACGCCAUCAUGUUCGUCCAGCUGCGACGGCGCAUGGCGCAAUCGAAGAUUCUUGGACAGAGCUAUACUGAAAGUCUUCGACGACUUAACCGAGUCGUUUCAUACAUGGUCCUCUACCCGAUCGUCUACAUCGUCUUGACACUGCCCCUGUCAGCGGGUCGAAUGGCCUCGGUCAGCGGCCACAGUCCUAACGUCGCCUACUUCUGUGUGGCAGGCGCCUUGAUGACCCUGUCCGGCUUCUGCGAUACUCUUCAGUAUACUUUGACCCGCAAAAGUCUGGUCUUGGACUCCGAGACUCGUUCCAAGCGAGACGACGGCUACCACGAUCUGUCGAGGAGCGGACACAAGAAGACCAAGCCGCAAAUGGACUCCAAGACGGAUGAUCAGGGUCUCGUUUCUACGGUGUGCACGACUUUCCAGAGAGGAAGCUCAACAGAGGCAAUUGUUCCCAAAGAGGAUAUCGAGCUCCAGGCUUCAGCUCCUCAGGUGUAUCAGCAUACGACCAUUACCGUGACGAGAGAGCCGGCUUAUUGA